AUGAAGGUAGAUUUAUGGACAAUUCUACCGCAAGAAAUAUGGAUUAACAUCCUCGGAAGACUUCCAGCUAAAAGUGUUUUCAGGUGCAAGUUUGUUUGCAAAUCAUGGGGCGAUAUGAUAGAAGGAGUUGACUUUUCAGAGUCGUAUAUUCCAAAACCAUGCUUAUGCCUGGCUUUUGGACAUGAGGACACGGGAUACGAAGUCUACGAUGAGACGUGCAAGCCACUUUUCCGAUUCCAGUUGGCUCAACCAGCUUUUACUCACAAGCACAGUUGCGUUGUGAUUGAUUCAGUCGAUGGUUUGCUUUUUGUGUGGGACAUGAGCCGUAAUUAUGAGCUUAUUCCUUGCAUAGUCAAUCCAAUGACUCGUGAAUAUAUCAGACUUUCUCAUUUGCCCAUACACAGGUUUAUUUACGGAUUUGGAGUGAGUAAAUUAAGUGGACAGUAUAAGAUUUUAUUAGGCGAUCGAUGGAAGCCACGUCAUGUAUACACUUUAGGACCAGAAGUGUUGUUGAGAAGCAUUAGAGAAGAAGUAAAAACAUGUAGACUGGAUGGUAAUGGUGAUGCUAAGUUUUUGAACGGAAAUCUUCACUGGUUGGCAGAUUAUCCCGACUUGGUUUGUUGCUUUGAUCUUGAAACCGAGCUCUUAACCACUUUUUCUCACCCUCCUCGAGUUCAUCAUGGUUAUAGAGGCCGCAUAUAUGGUGGAUAUGGGCUAUUCAUUUUGGAGGAUUUGCUAUGUUUAUGCGAUAUUUCAGAUGAUUUGCAUGUUGUUAUUUGGAGGAUGAACAACUAUGGAGAUGCGAAUUCUUGGAUAAAGGAAUAUAUCUUCGACCAACAACCAUAUAUUAGUGAAACUGGUCGGCCAAAUAUCCUUAAUUAUGUUUUGCCACUCAAAGUUUUGGAAAAUGGUGACUUGUUGUUCACUGUGAAUACUGAUAAACGACUAUUUAUCUACACCAAAGAUGCGGACGCUGUUGAGACAUAUGGUCUUCUUCAACGUUCUACUUUUUGUUCUUUUUCAAAUAUCAUCAUUUAUAGGCCAACGUUUCGUUCUCUCAAAAGCAUGGGUAUUCUCAAUGUUGGGUCAUCAAGUUUUUAUUAG